ACCUAGCCAGAGGAGGCGUGAAUACGUAAAGCGAGGUGGUUUAAUAAAGCACGGCCUGACGAGGGUGGCUUUUUUAGUCAUUCUCCAGUUCUCUUUUAAAUAUUUUGUUUUUCGUUUAUUUGGAAGGCAGAAUUACAGAAAGAGGGAGAGACAGAUCUUCCAUCCGCUGAUUCACUCCCCAAGUGGCUUCAGUGGCCUGGGCUGGGCCAGGCCGAAAGCCAGGAGCCCUGUUUCAUCCAGGUCGCCCACUUGGGACCCACUUGGACCAUCCUCUGCUGCUGUCCCAGGCGCAUCAGCAGGGAGCUGGGUGGGAAGUGGAGCAGCCGGGACACGGACCAGGUCCAGAUGGGAUGGCAGCAUUGCAGGCUGUGGCUUAACCCACUGUGCCACAAUGCUGACCCCUCCAGUCCGCUUAAAUUGUGUUGGGAUUAUUACCAGCACUGGUUAUUGUCGUUUGGGAACGAUGUGGCGUGUAGCAUCAUAAGGAGCACUUCAGUGUGACAGUUUUGGUCUCUGUACUUGUCACCACUCAACUUUGAUCUUAACCGGUUUACUUAAUUUCUCAGAGCUUCAGUGUCUAAUGUCGACAUGGCUGGAGAACACCGAGGGAGAGGAUUUGGACGCGGAAGAUUUCAAAGCUGGAAAAGAGGAAGAAGUGGUGGAAACUUCUCAGGAAAGUGGAGAGAAAGGGGACACAGACCUGACUUGAGUAAAGCCACUGGAAAGCAGACUUCUCAGCAAAAUCCACAAUCUUUGCUACGGCAGUCAACAUUGGAUCAAUUCAUACCUUACAAAGGCUGGAAGCUUUAUUUCUCUGAAGUUUACAGUGGUAGCUCUCCUUUUAUUGAGAAGAUUCAAGCAUUUGAAAAAUUUUUCACAAGGCACAUUGAUCUAUAUGAUAAGGAUGAAAUAGAAAGAAAAGGAAGUAUUUUGGUGGAUUUUAAAGAACUGACAGAAGAUGAUGAAAUAACUAACUUAAUACCAAAUAUAGCAACUGAACUAAGGGAUGCACCUGAGAAAACCUUGGCUUGCAUGGGUCUGGCAAUACAUCAGGUACUAACUAAGGACCUAGAAGGGCACGCAGCUGAAUUAAAAGCCCAGGAAGGAUUGCCUAGUGAUAGAGAAACAAUGGUAAAUGUACCGCACGUUCAUGCAAGAGUUUACAACUAUGAGCCCUUGAUGCAGCUCAAGAACGUCCGAGCAAAUUACUAUGGGAAGUACAUUGCUCUGAGAGGGACAGUGGUUCGUGUGAGCAACAUAAAGCCUCUGUGCACCAAGAUGGCUUUUCGUUGUGCUGCCUGUGGAGAAAUUCAGAGUCUUCCUCUUCCAGAUGGAAAGUACAGUCUUCCCACAAAGUGUCCUGUGCCUGCGUGUCGAGGGAAGUCGUUUACUGCUGUCCGCAACUCUCCUCUCACAGUUACAAUGGACUGGCAGUCGAUCAAAAUUCAGGAGCUGAUGUCUGAUGAUCAGCGGGAAGCCGGUCGGAUUCCACGAACGAUAGAAUGUGAACUUGUUCAUGACCUCGUGGAUAGCUGUGUCCCGGGAGACACAGUGACUGUUACUGGAGUUGUCAAAGUCUCAAAUGCUGAAGAAGGUUCUCGAAAUAAGAAUGACAAAUGCAUGUUCCUUUUGUACAUUGAAGCAAAUUCUGUUAGCAAUAGCAAAGGACAGAAAACAGAGACUUCUGAGGAUGGUUGUAAGCAUGGAACAUUGAUGGAGUUCUCACUUAAAGAACUUUAUGCCAUCCAAGAGAUUCAAGCUGAAGAAAACCUGUUUAAACUCAUUGUCAACUCACUUUGUCCUGUCAUUUUUGGCCAUGAAAUUGUUAAAGCAGGUUUGGCAUUAGCGCUCUUUGGAGGAAGCCAAAAAUAUGCAGAUGACAAAAACAGAAUUCCAAUUCGAGGAGAUCCACAUGUCCUUGUUGUUGGAGAUCCAGGUUUGGGAAAGAGUCAGAUGCUGCAGGCAGUAUGCAACGUUGCUCCACGUGGCGUGUAUGUUUGUGGUAAUACCACAACCACCUCUGGUCUCACUGUAACUCUUUCAAAAGACAGUUCCUCUGGAGAUUUUGCUUUGGAAGCUGGUGCCCUGGUACUUGGUGAUCAAGGUAUUUGUGGAAUAGAUGAAUUUGAUAAGAUGGGGAAUCAACAUCAAGCCUUGUUAGAAGCCAUGGAACAGCAAAGCAUUAGCCUUGCCAAGGCUGGUGUGGUUUGUAGCCUCCCUGCAAGAACUUCCAUUAUUGCUGCUGCAAAUCCAGUAGGAGGACACUACAAUAAAGCCAAGACAGUUUCUGAGAACUUGAAAAUGGGGAGUGCCCUAUUGUCCAGAUUUGACUUGGUCUUUAUCCUGUUAGACACUCCAAAUGAGCACCAUGAUCACUUGCUCUCCGAACAUGUGAUUGCAAUAAGAGCUGGAAAGCAGAAAACUGUUAGCGGUGCCACAGUAGCUCGUAUGAACAGUCAAGAUUCAAACACUUCUGUACUCGAAGUCAUUCCUGAGAAGCCAUUAUCAGAAAGACUAAAGGUGUUUCCUGGAGAAGCAAUUGAUCCUAUUCCCCACCAGCUACUAAGAAAGUAUGUUGGCUACGCACGGCAGUAUGUCCACCCAAGGCUAUCCACAGAAGCUGCUCAAGUUCUUCAAGAUUUUUACCUUGAGCUCCGGAAACAGAGCCAGCGGUUAAACAGCUCGCCAAUCACUACCAGGCAGCUAGAAUCUUUGAUUCGUCUAACAGAGGCACGAGCAAGGCUGGAAUUGAGAGAGGAAGCGACCAAAGAAGAUGCUGAGGAUAUAGUUGAGAUUAUGAAAUACAGCAUGCUAGGAACUUACUCCGAUGAAUUUGGGAAUCUAGAUUUUGAGCGAUCUCAGCACGGUUCUGGAAUGAGCAACAGAUCAGUAGCAAAAAGAUUUAUUUCUGCUCUCAACAGUAUUGCUGAAAGAACUUACAAUAAUUUAUUUCAAUUUUAUCAACUCCGGCAGAUUGCCAAAGAGCUAAACAUUCAGGUUGCUGAUUUUGAAAACUUUAUUGGGUCACUAAAUGACCAGGGUUAUCUUUUGAAAAAGGGCCCAAAGGUUUACCAGCUUCAAACUACGUAAAAGAACUUUACAGUCAAGGUCUCCUGGGUUCAAUUCUAGUUUAAAGCCAUCUCAAUAAUGAAGAAUAUGCAAAAAAAAUUAUAUCAAUAUAUCUGUAUCUGUAUCUCUCUCUCUAUAUAUACUGUUCUGUAAAUUGUUCUAACAGGAAAAAGAUGUUAGAUAUAAUCAGCUAAUUUAAGAAGUAACAGUCAUAUAUUAAUGUUUUACAAUUUCUCCAAAAGAUUAAAAGUAAGUUAUUUUAUAUAAAUUAUAUAAAUAUAAAUUAUCUACAGUUGUAUUUUACCCUAUCUUGGAUUUUUAUGACUGUUUCAUAGUUUUGCAUAUCAAAUGUCCCUCUGAAUAAGUAUUCAGCCAAUAGAUAAACAAAUGAGCAUGUCUGUGUUCCAAUAAAACUUUAUUUUUUGAUACUAAAUUUGAAUUUUAUAAAAUUUUCAUGUCGGGAAUAAAAAAUACUGUUGUUUUUUUUUUAAGAUCAUUUAAAUAGACAGGGGACCCGAUUUGGCCUACAGGUCAUAGUUUGUAGACGCUUGGUUGCAAACAAUAAAAAUUGACUGAUUAAGCAAGAGAAGGACUUUUUUGGACUAAUUUUGAUGGGCUCAUAGAGUUGGAAGAAGGCUGAUGAACCCGGAGUGUGUUUGCCUCCAUGUCCCACUGAUGCCACGCCUCAGGAACCAUUUCCUCUGCACAGGUUGGGAAGAAGACCCCUGCCCACACCAGAACAGCAACAGGAGGAUU